CUUGUGACGUCGGGUUAGCUGUCAGGCAAGAGCAAGGGAGCUGGACCUUCAUGGCUUUGCGGGAUGUAUGAGUAGCGAUCCUGGACUGUGGGUUGUGUAAAGAAACUUGCGACUGUCGUCCGUAAAGCGAGACUGUUUGGUGGUUUUUUACCAUGGUUAUGAAAGCAUCUAUGGAAGAUGAUGACUCAGCAUGGGAACUUUCCAUGCAGGACAAGAUGGGAAAGAACAGUGCCAACUGGAUAGACAUAACACAGGAAUUCAGGGAUGCUUGCAGUGAACUGAAGCUGGGAGAGCUGCUUCAUGACAAACUGUUUGGUUUGUUUGAAGCCAUGUCUGCAAUUGAAAUGAUGGACCCAAAAAUGGAUGCUGGAAUGAUUGGAAAUCAGGUCAACCGUAAAGUCCUUAAUUUUGAACAAGCAAUAAAGGAUGGUACAAUUAAAAUUAAGGAUUUGAGUUUGCCAGAUCUAAUAGGAAUAAUGGACACAUGUUUCUGUUGCUUGAUAACCUGGUUAGAAGGUCACUCCUUGGCACAAACCGUUUUCACCUGCCUUUAUGUUCAUAAUCCAGACUUAAUAGAAGACCCAGCCAUGAAGGCUUUUGCUUUGGGCAUCCUCAAAAUCUGUGAUAUUGUUAGAGAAAAAGUUAACAAAGCGGCUGUUUUUGAAGAGGAGGAUUUCCAAUCAAUGACAUAUGGAUUUAAGAUGGCAAACAGUGUGACAGAUCUUCGAGUAACAGGCAUGUUAAAAGAUGUAGAAGAUGACCUGCAACGCAGAGUGAAGAGCACAAGGAGUCGCCAAGGAGAGGCAAGAGACCCUGAAGUAGAGCUCGAACACCAACAGUGUUUGGCAGUAUUUAGCAGAGUAAAGUUUACACGCAUUCUCCUGACUGUAUUAAUUGCUUUCACAAAGAAGGAGACAAGUGCAGUGGUUGAAGCAUCAAAGCUUAUUGGCCAAGCAGUUGACCUUUUGUCUGCAAUUCACAACUCCCUCUUACAUGGUAUUCAAGCCCAAAAUGAUACCACAAAGGGCGACCACCCAAUUAUGAUGGGAUUUGAGCCACUUGUUAACCAGCGGUUGCUUCCACCAACUUUUCCUCGAUAUGCAAAAAUAAUUAAGAAGGAGGAAAUGGUCAUCUACUUUUCUAAACUUAUAGAUCGGAUAAAAACAGUGUGUGAAGUUGUCAAUUUAACAAACCUACACAGUAUAUUGGAUUUCUUCUGUGAAUUCAGUGAACAAUCUCCUUGUGUACUCUCAAGAUCCCUCUUACAGACUACGUUUCUGGUGGACAACAAGAAGGUUUUUGGAACUCAUCUGAUGCAGGACAUGAUAAAAGAUGCAUUGCGGUCUUUUGUUAGUCCUCCUGCCCUUUCUCCAAAAUGUUGUCUGUAUAAUAACCACCAAGCAAAAGACUACAUUGAUUCCUUUGUGACUCACUGUGUUAGGCCAUUUUGCAACCUGAUCCAGAUCCAUGGACACAACAGGGCACGGCAGAGAGACAAACUUGGACACAUUCUAGAAGAUUUUGCCACUUUACAAGAUGAGGCAGAAAAGGUAGAUGCAGCCCUUCACAGCAUGCUACUCAAGCAAGAACCACAGAGACAGCAUUUGGCUUGCCUGGGGACCUGGGUUCUUUACCAUAACCUGCGAAUAAUGAUUCAGUAUCUACUGAGUGGCUUUGAGUUGGAGCUCUAUAGCAUGCAUGAAUAUUACUACAUUUAUUGGUACCUCUCUGAGUUCCUCUAUGCCUGGCUGAUGUCCACACUGAGUCGAGCAGACAGCUCACAAAUGGCAGAAGAGCGUAUAAUGGAGGAGCAACAGAAGGGACGCAGUAGCAAAAAAACAAAGAAAAAAAAGAAAGUUCGACCUCUGGGCAGAGAGAUCACCCUAAGUCAAGCAUAUCAGAAUAUGUGUGCUGGCAUGUACAAGACUAUGAUUGCUUUCGACAUGGAUGGCAAAGUAAGAAAGCCGAAAUUUGAACUUGAUAGUGAACAGGUUCGAUAUGAGCACAGGUUUGCACCAUUCAACAGCGUGAUCACACCACCACCAGUGCAUUACUUGCAGUUCAAGGAAAUGUCAGAUCUGAACAAGUACAGUCCUCCGCCUCAGUCUUCAGACCUGUACUUGGCUGCUAGCAAACAUUUCCAACAAGCAAGGAUGAUUCUAGAAAGCAUUUCCAGCCAGGAUCAGGAGGUUAAUGAGAUACUGAAGGUUGCUAAGAACAAUAUUGUUGUCAUGAAAUUGCUUGCUGGUGGUCACAAAAAAGACUCUAAGAUUCCGCCCGACUUUGACUUUUCUGCACACAAGUAUUUCCCUGCUGUCAAACUGGUAUAAAGUCUUUUCAUUCAACCCCCUACAUGCAGUGUUCCGUAUGCACCAACAAUAGAGCAACGUAUCCAAAUUCAGCCGGUUCGUCAGUUUUGUACAGCCCAUUGUGUAGAAAAUUGUUUGAAUAUUUGUGUGUUAAGAUUUUUUUUGGGAAAAAAGUAUUAAACAUUUGACAAAAACAAA